CCUUUCCCUUGACCCCGCCUCACGAGGCGGGGCCUGUGGCCGGCAGGCCGGCUCUUAAGCGCCGUGGGCCGGCUGGCGUGAAGGCGAGAGCGCAGCCAUGGCCGAGGCGGAUCCUAGCUCCUUCGCGUCGCCCGGCUGUUGCCGCACCCACCACCUCCACCUGCGCUGCCGCGUGGACUUCGCCAGCCGCUCGCUGAGGGGAACCGCGGCCCUCACCGUGAGGGCGGAGAGGGACAGCCUGCGCCGACUGGUAACUUCUUCCCUGGACGGGCGGGGCUCUAGGUCUGUAGGGAGAGGGGAAGACCGGCCGUCCUCCGUCGUGGAGCCGGCAGGAGGGCAGGCCCCUCUGUGGGGCGGAGGGCGACGGCCGCCCCAGAGGGAAACCGGAAGGAACCCCGGGAAGCCGCACCGGCUGGAAAGUUACUGGGUGACACCUUCUCCUUUGACGCCUCCUUCGUCCCAAGAUAAUAUCUCUUUCUCCCUCCUCCUACCUGUGGGCGCGUUUAUCUUGGAGGAACUUCCUUUGGAGCAGUGGUUCCCAACCUUUUUUUGGCCAUGCCCCUCCUAAGUAUCUCUAAAAUCCUGAUUGCCCCCCCGUGACGUAUAGUUUAUUAUUCAAAAAUUGAACUCCUGUUCCCGUGGAGGAAGCCUAAAAGGCCACUAACUUGGUCUAAACAAGCUUCCAAAUUGCCCCCCUAUGGGGCAUGUGCCCCGCAUUGGGAAUCACAGCUUUGGAGGAAACGGGCGGAGGGAUUGUGCGCAAAGCUGGCUUGGGCUUCUGUUUUAAGUUGGUUUGUCUUAAGCAGAUGCUCUUGAGGCUGGCGACUUUCUCUCGUGGCUGCAGCAUUUGCAUUUUGUUUCCUUGGAAGUUGUACUUUGUCACGCUGGUAUGGUAGGUGCUUGCAAAAGCAAGUUCCUCAAGGGCUUCUCUCUCUAAACUUAAGUGGCCGAGUCCUUGAUAAAGAACUGGCAGCGAUUGCUAAAAUCUUUCGGUUGAUUUGAAGUUGGAGAGAUCGCUGGAUGUUCUAAAUUGUAAACAAAGAUCCAAGUCAAGUUUCUCAGUAAAGAGAAUCAAGACUUGCAUACCAGUCUGUCAGUUUCUGGGAUACUGUCCCUAAUGAUUACACAAUAUCCAAAAAAUACUUAAUGCACUUCAGGGACUGAUAUACUUUACUUGGUGCUGCUGUUGUGUAAAUAAAUGUAUGAUUUAUAAUAGUUUCUUUUACAAGUUGACUCUCCUGGCCACAUAAAUGGGUUACACCUGGCCAAAAAAAAAUCUUAAGUGUCUUUGUUCCAUCAGCUGUUUAGUACUUUGGAACAAUGCGAGUUUCUGUUCUUUGUAAGUACUUGAAGGCACGGAGACUUAAGAUUGUUGAAUGAACAGAACAUUUAAAGUGAAAUACAGCUAACUCUAGAUACUGUGUUUUCCUACAUCUUAAAAACAGAUGUAGAAAACUGGCCACAAUAUAGCUGGAAUUGUGUAGCUCUGAAGCAGAUAAUUGUUUGUGCUGUGCAGAUAAAGCUUUGCAAGGUGCUUGUCUUGUAUUCAUAUAGCACCUAGAGAUUGAUAGCACUGACUAUUCUGAAAAUUGAGCUGGUCAGUCCCCUUUGUCUUGGCAACAUAAUCCUUUUGCAUGACUAUGAGGAAAAGCCUGUUAACAACAUGCAAGGAAAGGCUGGGCUACAUUUUUGAGCCUUUGUAAAUGUCUGUUUCUUUGGGAAUUUAUGAACAGAUAGAAUUUAUACUGGCCAUAUGGCCAUUUAAAAUAUUGAAUAUAUUGAUUCAAUUUUCAAUAUAUAUUAGUGCGUUUGUCAAUAAUAGCUCAUGAACUCACUUACAGGUUUUGGACACAAAGGAUCUAACAAUACACAAAGUGGUUGUCAAUAAGCAAGAUGCACAAUUUGUUCUUGGGGAACGUCAUAGCUUCAAAGGAGCACCGCUGGAAAUCACGCUACCUUUUGAGUUGGGAAAGUAUGUGUGUUCAGUUUAUCCUCCUUUUCUGGUCUCUUGAUGAUCUGAUCUUAAAAUGUGCUAGAUUAAGAGGCCGUGUCAUGCUAAACUAGCAGUUGUGCUUGUGUAAUAUUGUAGCAUAUGACAUGAUGCCAGACUUGAAGAAAUUUGCUUAAGAGUCUGGCAAAAUAUACUUACUUUGGGCCCGUAUAGGUUUUUUCUUGCUAUAAAACCUGAUAAGACUUGUUCCUUGAGGUAGUUAGGACUCAAUGUCCUGAAAUUCUAAUAUACACCAGUCAAUGUAUUUGUGAGUUGGGGCUACUGUUGCUCAUGCACGAACAACUUUGUAGUUGUUUGAAUGGAAGAUUAUUUGCCCACUACAUAUUCUUCAUUAACAUAAUUAAAUUGCUUGGCUGUUAAAAUUUUAAGAAAACGACUGCCUAAGUUUGUCCCUAAAUUUGCAGUUACAAAUUUAAAAGUUAGAACUUUCCAAAGGUGAUGGAGGUAUCACAUCUGAAUGCACACUAUUCCAAUAUUCACAGGGGGCAAGAUGUGGUUGUAGAGAUCACUUUUGAAACGUCUCCAAGGUCUUCAGCACUCCAGUGGUUCACUCCAGAGCAGACAUCGGGGAAAAGGCACCCAUUUCUCUUCAGUCAGUGUCAGGUGAGCAAACCAUUGUUUUCCUUCUCUGCUAUGGGCAACCUUUUCCCACAUGUUACUUAUAGUUUUGUGUAUCCUGCACUGCUUCCACUUGGCCAAACGGUGCCUGUCAACUGAAAUCACUUGAGCCAAGACUGUCUGCCACAGACUCUCUUAAAGUAUAUAUCAUACAAUCUUACAGUGUAUUGGGGGAGUGAGUAGCAGUCUGUAAAGGCUCUCAGGAUCCCAUUGUGUGAUAACUUCCCAUUGCAUAGUGGGUACAUUGGCUGGGUGCAAAGGCAUAAAAGACCUUGGUUAUAUUGGAGCUGAAGAACUGAUGAACUGAUCCUGGUUCUUGCAUAUCUGAAGAAAUUGAACAUUCUUUAAAAGUAGUUUUAUGACCUGGUGGCUAAGAGAACAGGGUCAUUGUGUCUUGCAAAUCUUGUGUACUAUCUUCUAAAUGUCAGACAUUUAUGGUUCAACACAUUUGUAUGAACUAUAAUACUAAGUGCAACUGUUAAUAGGGUUGUAAUUCUUUACCAAAGGUCAGAAAUAAGCUGAUAAUAGUGUUGAACAAGAUUUGCAAAACAAAAUCGUUUUGAUACUUAGAACAUCAAACCAUUUAAUUUCCACCAAAGUCAAUUGAUGAUGGAGGUGCUGUCUAGACUUUCCCUGUGGUCUUCUGGAGAUGAGCAGUAAAGGGAGAAAACUUUACCCAUUUCCUAAAGUCCUUGUACUGGGGUAUGAAAAUAACUUAGUAGAGCCAUUCCUGUAAGGAGCUUGCUUUAGAUCGAUCCAUUAGGUGCAGGAUGAAGCAGAUGUAGGAUGUGCUACCAGGUAAAUUCAGAGAAGCUCAUAGAAUUACACAGGAACAGAUAUGGUAGGGAGGGGAAUGCUUGAUAGUUGCUGAAUUUUUGGAUAAAACACUUUUUGGGGGAAAAGUCUAGGAAAUUUCCUGUUCAGUUUUUCCCCAGAAAACCCAUAUCAUUGGUUACUGCCUUUUUACGAUUACUUGGAAGCAUGUAUGUUGUAUAAAGUUCUGGAGGGUGCUCUGUUAUGACAUUCUUGAAGCAAUGUUUAUAAUGUGGUGAGGCAAUCACAAAUAGUACAUGUGCUUGUGAUCUUACUGGUCCACUUGCUUUUCAAACUUCAAAUUGCCUUCUAAACUAAGGGGCAUUUGAUUGGUAGACUGCAUUAGGGAAUGUGAAAUGUAUAUAUGAAUUUGAAGCAGGCACAUGAGCCUAAUUAAAUUGUGCCUAGAUGUGGUUACUUGGGGGUAUUAUGCUUUUAAUGGUAGCAGUGUAGUGCAAAACUUAAAUGUAAUAUUAAAAAAGUGUUCCUUGUGCAUUACUAUAUUUUCCUGUAAGAAUAGCAGCCUGUAAUCUGUGUCACUUUGUUUUUUAGGCCACACACUGCAGAGCUGUUCUUCCCUGCCAGGACACUCCUUCAGUGAAGCUAACAUACUAUGCAGAAGUAGGUGAACCUGAAAGCUUUGUACCCCUGAGGUGCAAACUUGGCUCUCUUAUUUAGCAGUCAUGCAUAAUCUCAAUUAGUGUAUUGGUAUUCAUUAAAACCCUGCCACCAAACUGUGCAACUUGAGUGGACAUGCAGACAAAAAACCUGAAAAUGUACAGCAAAAAACUCUUGCAUUCUUUGCAGGUACCCAAUUGUUAUUUUGUUCGUAAAGCUUUGGUGCACAAAUUUAAGUGUCUACUACUUUAUAAGAUUCCAGCUAGUUGCCUUAUCGUGCUCUAUCUGGAAGGUGCCACUGUCUUUCAACAAAUAGAUGGGGUUUGGAGAACUAGGUGUUAGUACAGACCCGUGUGCUCUGCGUGCUGAUGUCACUCGUGCAUGUUGCAGGGCAUGUGGACGCCCCAUGGUGUGUGUGCAGGGCCACUGUAGAACUUGGGGAGGCUUGGCCCCCACGGCUCCGCAUAGAUGGUGCGCCUGUACAGACCAAACAGUAAGAUUCUUGCUUAAUCAAACUUGUCCAUUUCUAUAAAUUAUGGCUUAUGAAGCCAGGAUAGUUAUUUGAUCUGGAGCCACUCUUGAAUAUGCAGAAAACCAGUUGGUUAGCCUCCAUUGUAAGAGGGCGCCAUGGAAUAGGUUUUGACAGAUUUAAUUUGCAAUGUUGGAAAUAAAAUAAUACUUUGUUCCAUGGAGGAUGGCCCAGCAGGUGAGAAACCCUGCCAUCUAGUGUCCAAAGGCAGGAAAAUUGACUUCUGGAAGCAGCUGGUCUUGUGCGUCCCUUUUCCUGCCUUUUGUGGUUUCUCUUUUUAGCUUCAGUUUUUUUCUUUCAAGUGGAUUUUUUUCCUUUGACUGCUUCUCUCUCCUGGGUUUGGGUGAGUGUGGAAGAAAUGUUUGUAUGUAAAAGUGACUCUGUUUGAAUCCAACAAGCACUUGUCAAGCUGUCUGUUUGUUCUAGUACUUGGCAGAAACUGCUUAGGAUUCAUAACACAGGAAUCUUAACAAAUCGGCUAAAGUAAAUUGGCUGAGUAGAAGUUUUUCCCACUAUAAGCUUACUGUAAAACCAAUUUCUAUCUUCAGGGAAAUCCUUAAAGAAAAUAGUGCUAAAUAAAGGAGGCUUGAAGAUGUUUGUUUUCCCAGCCCAAGGAAGCCAAGCUCUCUGGCUUUGAAAACUUUCUUCUGAAAUUGUGCUUAUGCUCCACGACAUAAGUCCUUUGAACAAUUGAGCCAUUCAGUGAGCUGGGUAGAGUUUGAUUUAUUUGCUUAUCAUCAGACUUGCAUGGCAAAUUUGCAUCAGAUAAUUAGGAACAUAUGAAGCUGCUUCAUACAGUAUCAGAAUUUGGGUCCUUCUAGCUCAGUAUCGCUUGCAUCAGGGUUGGGGAACCAGUUUCAGCCCAUAGCCACAUUCCUAUCUGGACAACCUUCCAGCGGCCACAUGCUAGUGAUUGGCAGGGCUGGAGGCAAAAGUGGGCAGAACAACACUGUGAAUGUUACCUUUGCACAGUAAGCUAGUUCCUUUAUACUUUUACAUCCCUCUCUAUCCUCCAUCCAUGAAAGCUUUAUCAGAGUUUGAAGACACAUUCCAGCAAGGCAAAAACAGUCAAGGAGGUUGCAGAGAAAGUCUGGUCAGGGGUGUUGCUCAGGAGGGUGUGGCUUGGGGGUGGUUCUCCUAGCAUUCAGACAAGUGACUCUCCCAGUCCUGCCUGGAGAUUUCAAGAACUGGACUUGAAAUUGUAAAGCAUGUUCUCUCUCACUGAGCCACAACUUCUUCCCUAAAAGAAUGGGCACACUGACAGCAGUCACUUGGCUGCAUCUUCAACAUCUCAGACUGAUCUGGGCCCUGGACAAGGGUUUCUGGAGGGGCCAGUGGGAUAAUUAUGUAUCAGUAGAGAAUGGCCACAGACAGGUUUCAUGUAAAUUAGUUGCCAAAGCCUGCACCUCAGCAGUAGGAGCCGUGGAGUGCCUUGAACUCAUUGCUUUCCUAAACCUGAAAACAAGAGGAUCUGGCAGGUGACAAGUCAUGUAUAGACUGGACCACAUGACAUCUCCCCAAUCUGGCCUUAAGAAAAAUCUGAGAAAAGCAGGCAUGUCUUUCCAAGAUCCAUGCAAAUAUCAUAGUUUGGAUAAAAGGAUUAAGAAUGCAUGCAUGAAGUACAUUUUUAAAAAAAACUUGCCCUUCUUCCUUCCCACUUCCUUUAAAUUCCUAUAAAUGUUAAUUGUUAUUGAUACAAAAUACAAAUGCAUGUUACUAUGCAUCAUUUCAUAUCUGCAAUUAUUGCAAUAAUUUUGAUAGAUACACUUUGAUACAACUUUGUUAAUAUAUUCAGAAAUGUUUAUUUUAAUUUUAUGUAAUUGUUGCAUGUCAUAUGCUCUAGUGUAAACAAAGGUAGAUGGAUAUAUCAAUGCUGCAGCCAUGUUAAAAAGUUUAACGCUGAUAAUGAAUAAAAACUGUUACCAAGAAAAAGAGGGGAGGUUAGGAAAGAAGAAAAUUGUAGGCAGGAUCUUGAGGGUACAUGUUGCAGCCACACUGCUGAACCCAAGGAGGCCUGGGCAUGACCAGUGCCUGCUGGGAAAUCACUGGGAAAUUCCAUGUGCACCACUUUGAAUUCUGUAGUGGAAGAAGAUGGGCGAUAAAUGUUACCAAUAAAUAAAGCAAAGAACAUUUUACAACCUAGUCUCAUGCAAACUGUCUAUGCUGUAGCCUCAACCCAGCAACUUUUCAAGUUGCUGCGGUGUUGCUGUUUGUGUAAAUUGCACCUUAGAACACACUUAAAACAUUCAAGGGUAUAAUUUAUCCUUGCCUAUAAAGAAUGCUGUAAGAAACAGAUGGAUAUAAAGUUAAGUUUAUUGGAAGUCAGAAUCUCUUGCUUACCAGCCCCAGACACUUUAUUACCCAUAACCAGAUGGCAGAGUGACAAGUUUUGCAUCAUUUGUGCCAGAUUUGUCACGAUAAGCACUUAAAUAGCUGAAGAUGGAGGUUGUGAGAAUGCAGUUUCAGCACUUAGAACUCCAGAAUGUGGAAACUGUUGUGGCAUUAACAGAGCUGACUCAACAUUUUAACAUCAAAACCACAUGUUCUCCUUGAGAGUAUCUUUCUUUAUGCAUUGCAAAACAUAUCAGAGGUUACUUUUGUCAGAAAUCUGGAGAAGGAUAUGUUGGUGGUUGGUUGCUCAAUGUUGGGUGCAGGUUCCUAGUCCUCUGUCUUACGGGCUGUUAAGCCCUUGCACAGCUAUUUUUUUAAAAAAAAGAGUUGAUGGGGAAAACAAAGCAGGCCAGGACCAUGGGAGGCAGUUUUAACCUUUUAUCCUCUGUCACACUUCCAGUCUAAUUUGGGGCAGAGGACCUGCAACAGUUCUUACCUGCCGGAAAGUGUUUUACUGUCCACACUGCUCAAAGUGUACGUCUUAUGGGUGUCUUUUUGCAGGAACAGUCACUGUUCAUUCUCUCCAAGAGAUCAGUAUGUAACAGGGAACCAAAAGAUCAAAAUUGCACAUUGGCAUGUGUUACUUGUGAUCAAGUAACUUGAUGUUUGUCAUGACACCGGGGAAUGUGUCACUUAACACUACUGAAAAACCCAGGUGUGAACAUGGCAGAAAAUAAGGGGAGCUUUCAGGUAAGGCGAGAAGUGAAUUAUUUCUGAGCUGCACUGCUACAGAAUAGCCGUUCUAGGGUAUCAUUGCCUGCAAGGUGUGAAAUAGUUUAACAUUAUUAAAUAAAAACAAAUAUAUUUUUGUACUUCACUAGAUAUCUGUUCCGAAUGAGCUGGUGGCACUUAUGAGUGCCAAGAGAGAUGGAGACUUGCCUGACCCAGAAGAAAGCACAAGGAAGAUAUACCGCUUCAUACAAAAUGUAAGCCGUUAUGCACUUUCAGCCCACAGUGGUCAGUUACAUAAUGUAGAUAUGCAUCAUUGGAUAACUUUGGCUUCAGCCUUGUAGGUGUAAAAUAUGUGACAUGUUGCACUGUUAUUGUUUCUAUUAUUUUUCUCUCCUUUGGGGUUAGGUUCCAAUACCCUGCUAUCUGAUUGCUUUAGUUGUUGGUGCUUUGGAAAGCAGGUGAGUAUUACUCAAUAACUGUAGAAAUUCCUCGAUUUGUAAAGUGUAGAAAUUGCUUGAGCCUGUCCUCUCUCAAGGGCUUGAGAGUGGGCUGCAGCCUGUUUAUUAAUAUUGCUACAAUGUCACUUUGGAGGAUGGUAAAAAUGAACCAGUAGGAUUCGUAUCUGAACAGGAAUCUGAAUGCACACUUCAUCUGUUGUUCUACAUUGGCUGCUAACAGAAUAUUAGAGUUCAAUCUAGCUUGUGACAGGCAAGACAACUUUCUACCUUCCCUUUCUAAUCACUUUGUAUGCAGUGAUUAUAAAACGGGCUGUUUUGGAAGCGAUUUCUGGAAUUAGACGGUAUUAGAAUAUAGCUGAGCUCCUGGAAGAAGUAGAAGUUGCAAGUGCAUGACUGGUACAUGCACAUUGUUUGGGCAGUGCAUCUUUGCAUCAGUCCUUCCAGGUCACUCCAAUUGUUGGGCUACAGAAUACUUAAAUAAAGAGGAGUGUGAAUAUCAUGACUAAGUAUGACAAAGGCUGGCAGGGAGAACUUGGUUGCAAAAGGUAAAGUGUUGAAGAAGGGUUUGGUGAAGCCCUGUCACCUUCUCCUAAUGCACAAACUCUGGCCAGGAUAUGGACUUAUGUCUGCGCCAAUCUUUGGAACCAGGGGCAAUUAAAGGAACUGUUCACAUCAGCUAUUCCCUUUCAAUAAUGCUUUUUACAGCCACUCGCUUGCCCCAGCUACUAAAAUGUCCACAAACAGCUGCAUUGAAAUUUUUGCUAAGAAAUAAGCAGCCAGGAAAUCCAAGAUGGUAUUCCUGGUUUUUCUGACUGAAUUUUGUUCUUCAGAGAGAUUGGCCCCAGAACUUUGGUGUGGGCUGAAAAGGAGCUUGUGGACAAAUCUGCACAUGAAUUUUCAGAGGUUAGUGAAAAUUAUGAUUAUAUGACUUUGGUAUAUUGUGAAAAGAUGAAUAGCUGGUAGAGGCAGUGACCAUUUUAGGUACGUCUAAUUUACACGUAGUUGCCGAUGCACAGGUCCUUUUGGACCUGGAGGAAGGCAGAACGGGAAGGGCUUAGCUGACAGUUGUGGGGGCUGGGAAUGGAGCCCCUGUGCGAAAUGGUCAUUGCCUGUACUUAAUUAUUCCUUAGAUGGCUGUACAUUUUGCAUAAGAAAAGCGAACAAGUGUUCUCCGAAGACCCUAUGUAAAGCAAACAUAUAGCAAGUUUGAACAUUAAAAGCUAAUUGACUAAGCUGACUGCAUUCCUCAGCUUCAAGAUAGUCUCAGAUAAUCACUCCACAACUCUCACCUGCAUAUAAGAUGAUUUGAAAGUGAUUGUAUCCUACCAUCCUACCUCUAGCACAGUUGUGUUUGUAUUACUGUAAUUCAAAAUGCCAUAUUUGUGACAGGUUUGUAAGUUCUUUCCCACUUCUUAAAAUAUGAAGCCACUUGUAUUAUUUCCCCACUAAUAAUGACUUUACAGACUUCCUGAAUUUCAAGUCAGGAGGGACUUGGUUUCUAUUGUCUGAGUAAAAUUCAUUCUGUACGAACAGGUCAGUUACUAUCCUGUCUGUGGUGUAUCUUAUCUCACUAAUUGGGCAUUACCUGUAUAUAUAUUAGAAUCUAUUUUAGUUUCCUGACCUUUUUUUCAGACAGAAGCCAUGCUGAAAAUUGCAGAAGACCUAGCAGGUCCUUAUGUAUGGGGUCAGUAUGACUUGCUAGUGUUGCCACCAUCAUUUCCAUAUGGUGGUAUGGAGAACCCCUGCCUCACUUUUGUGACUCCCACAUUACUGGUAAGUGUGUCUCCCUCUCUUAUGGGUUACAUUACAUAGCUUUCCUUAGGACAUCAUAUUAAAGCCAUUUAGAGUUUGGGACUUGCAUGGUGGCUUUCAUUUUGCUAAGUGACCUUAACUUAGCCUGAAUUGGGAAAUGAUACUAUAUUAAGCUUUCAUCUGACAUGGAUAAGAGAGGUAACUUUUUGAUCUCUGUUUGCUGCAGGCUGGUGACAGAUCAUUAUCCAAUGUAAGUAUAAGUCCAGCUGUACUCAAGUAUUUAUACUGAAGGUGCUCUUUUCCCCUGAAAUCUUAACAAGGUGCCUGAAACAUUAGGUGCUAUGUAUGUUUUCUAAGCAGUAAUCAUACUUGGAAUAGACGUAGACCCACUGAAAUGAAUGAAAUUUAUUUUAGAAUUUGACUAACAUUGGAGAUCACCUAUUUCUCACUGUUUACUUGUCUUAAGUUUUUAAACUUAAGUAUUAAGAAACUGAAAAUGUUGCAACUUUAUAGAGUUCUGCACAAUACAAACAGUCUGCUCAGUUAACACUUAGACCAACUGUUCGCAAAACAUUACGUGAAUUAAAAAAGACAACAAAUUAUGGUGAAUUAAAAAAACAAUAACAGCAGUGGUAGUAGCUGCUGGAGUGGAGGUUGCUGGUGAUCUGGAAACCAGAUCUAUGGAGGCUCACUGGGAUAGUGUACAUUAAACCUGCCUUUCUUGGAACAAGUGUGGUUUUAUUUUUAUCUUGUAAGUUGUUUUGGGACCCUCUUCUGUGUGUGAGAAAGGCCAAAGAAUGUAUUUAGGAUCAUGGAGUUACUGGUGCCCCCCCUUUUUUGAAUAAAAAGGCUUCUCUAUUGAAACCAUAAUAAAGCUGAAACCAAACAAAUUUUAAAAUGUUAGGUUAGAUGCCACUAAAAUGUGUAACAAAUUCAACAGUAUUUUGCAUUUUGGGAGUUGAUGAUUAAUUUCAGUGGAGGAUAACCCAAGUGCCUCCAUGAAAACAGAAGCAACUUCUGCAUGGUUAUUACCAUGUCUGCAUGGGGCCAGUUUAGGGCAUCUUUGCCACCUAAGUAGCACUCUCCUUUCUGUUACGGAUAUGUGUGUUUGUGACAAAAGAGACCGCUAUGUGCUUAUGCCACUUCUAUACAUUUCAGGUUAUCGCCCAUGAAAUUUCUCAUAGCUGGACUGGGAAUUUGGUAACAAACAAGACCUGGGAGCAUUUUUGGUAGGUGAAAUCCAAGUGCUUUUAAGACGUACUUGGCUUUUCUUUUGGUGUGCGUUUAACUCAUUAAAAGAUUUCUCUAAUUUACAGAAAUAAUGACUUGUGCGCUUGGUAUUUCAGGCUAAACGAAGGACACACAGUUUACUUGGAACGCAGGAUCGGUGGCCGGCUCUUUGGUGAGCAGUUCAGGCAUUUCCAAGCUCAGGGAGGCUGGAGAGAAUUGCAGAACACGGUGAGGGCUUCUGGUUGAUUUGAAGAUUAACUUACACAUAACUUUUCUUCAGAAACGCUGGGCACAUGUAAAGUUAAGAGCAAAUUUAUUGCUUUUAUCUGGUAUUGCAGAUAGAAUUAAUUUCUACUCCAUAUUGCGGUAAUUAUCUUUAGAAAAGUUCUAUCCUGCCUUUUGGCCUCUAAGGCAGCUUCCAGAUUAAAAAGCACAACUUCAGUAAAAAUUGGAGGGAAAUAAACAGUAUAUCAAUUAAAUAACAAAGCAGCAGUAUAAGCAUGGCAUAAAAUCAAUGGGUAAGUUUUUAAAUACAUUCCAGUGCAGGAGAUGAAUUAGGAUACAAAUACUUUGUUACCCUCCGAAAACACACAAGAGGAACAACCAGACUUCUUUUGGGAGGAAGUUCAACAAUCUGGUUGCUGGCAGGUAGAGUUCUGUUACAACUUCCAAGCACAUCAGUUUCCAGCAAUAUGUGUCUCUUUCUAGAUAAACACCCUUGGAAGCACAAACCCUGUGACUCACCUGAUCCCUAAUCUGAAAGAAGUAGAUCCUGAUGUUGCAUAUUCUUCUGUUCCGUAUGAGAAAGGCUCUGCUUUACUACUUUAUCUAGAACAGCUUCUUGGAGGGCCAGGUAUUGGUUAAUUUACCUUUAAAUAUGUGUGGCUUUUUUUCCUGUUGCAGCACUUUAUUUCUGGUUAAUGCAUCUUAUAUGUUCCCAGAUGUCUUCAUUGGCUUCUUGAGGGCAUACAUCCAGCAGUUUGCAUACAAGAGCAUAGACACGGAAGACUGGAAGAAUUUCCUGUACUCCUACUUCAAGGACAAGGUUAGGUGCUAAUUUUCCAGUUCGAGAUUCUAGAGUGUAACCCCAUCAAGAGCAGCCAGGCUCCGAUCCCUUUGGCUAUGCAACAAAUGUCAGCAAGAGUUAUAGUGUCAUAGGAAAGUAAACUUCCACCUAGAAAAAACUUGUACUGCAGGUACCCCUCUCUCCUAUCUCCUAGAAGUUCCCAUAUUGCAGAGAUAUGUGUACCUCUCCUGAUUAGCUCUCUGCUUACUUGUGUUUAUCAUGCAACAACAGUGUUAAUUGAAAAGUUUAAUCUGACAGUGAGUCAUUCUCCCCUCCCCCAAAAAAGUCCACUUUGCUGAAUGAUUUUUUGAGGGCUUAGUCUUCUGAAGUCUGUAGCUUUCAGUUUCACAACGCCUUCUCAAUUAUGCCAUCUUUGCUGUGUCAUCAGUGCGGCAAAAUGCUGGUAGAACCACACAUUACACUGGUCUUGUUAUAUAUGGAAUUAGGCAUGAAAGGAGUAGAAGAAACCUCAGAUUUCACCAUUCAAGUUAUUCUAAUCAUUUCAUCUAUAUGUGAUUCCCAUUAAUAUUAUCAAUGAACAGUUAAAAACAAGUCUUCAAAAACAUUGGAAUCAAUAUGAGUUUCAAAGAAAUAAAACACUUCCAAGAUUUUGGAUAAUUUGUUGGUAUGUUCAUUUUAGGUUGACCUUCUUAACAAAGUUGACUGGAAUGCAUGGAUGAACACUCCCGGCAUGCCUCCAGUAAAACCAACGUAAGCACACAAUCUUUUGCUGUAACAUUUCUAUUUGUUUUGAAAGAGCACCUCUGUAUAUUUAAUAAUAAUCGUGUUUAUUUAAUUAUAAUAUAAUUUAAAUUAAAUAUAUAAUUAGAGCUAUUUAUAUAACUGAAUUGAUUAGAAUUUAAUAUUCAAUUAUAUAUUUAAUAAAAAUAUAUCCUUGAUUAUAUUAGAUCCUUAAUAUAAUCACUUUUCCUAUUUUUAAAUUUUUUAUUUAUAGUCAAUUUUACACACACACACACACACACUUUAUUUAACUUGAUUUGAUCCUUUUGGACUGGGGUAAGAAAUGUUUUAAGUAUGACUAUAGCAGAUGAUCUAAAUGCAGCAUAAGCAUGUCUCUUUCAAUAAUAAAAAAUAUUCCUCAAACACCUGCACAGUUUUGGUUAUGCCAAUUUCUAAAUGUGUCUGCUCUAUAAAAUGUUCCUUUAGACUUCAUUUUUCGUUUUCUAUUGUGGCUUGUAACAGUAAUAUAGUCUAUUCUAUUUCUUCAAAGCCAGAUGUGAUCAGUGAGGAGUAUAAAAGAGAGCUACUCAUAAGCUAUAUUGUAGCAGCUGGCAAGAUAGAAUUUGGAUGUGUGCUCUAGAUACAAAUGCAUGUGUUCUGUUUAUGUUCAAGAUACAAACCUUUUCUAAACAAGACAUACUCAUUUUUAUGUCUUCACCAGGUAUGAUUCAACGUUGUCAAAUGCUUGUGUUGCCUUGAGUCAAAGAUGGGUCAAAGUGAGUUAAUGUCUCAUGUACAUAACGUGUUAAAGACAUGUUGAGUGAAUUACUUGUAAGUGUUUUAUUUUGCAUUGUCUUUCAACAUGCAUAACUGGGGAUUCAAUGCAAUGUAGAAUUUAGUAAAGUCAAUUUAUAAUUGAGGCAAACUUCAGAUUUUAUUGAAUUUUUUAUUUAACUUCAGACUUCUUAUUUUUUUGACAUGAGCUUGCAAACUUCUCUUACAUUAGAGGCAGUAAAUGUGGUAUAGGGGGAGAUAGGGUGUUGGAGGUUGGGCAGAUCAGAUAAAGAGAAGGGGCUAUUGCUCAAAAGCUAAGGCAUUUUCUGAAUCUUCCUUCAGGGUCAUGGCUGCUGUCUCAGCCUGCCUCUCUAGUCUGGUGCUGUUUUAAGAACAAGUUAGUCAUAAUACAGUACUUUAUUCAUGAUUUGAUUAUGGAUCGGGGGAUAGAUAGAGGUGGGUUGGGCUGAUUUGAUCCACUUGUGCCCAUCUGGGUAUCUACUGACAGAUCAGCUGAAAGGUCACUGUAAUUCAUAAGGAUUCCAUGCAGAUAGCAUUCCUCACAAGAGAAAAGAAUCCAGAGCCCUUGAGUUAUUCUUUUGACUUUUAUGUAUCCAAAUGGGGUUUUCUAAACAAAUUAAAUUCAAAUCUUAACUUCUGGUGUUUAGAAUCAAAGACAAUAUCCCCCUGUAAUUUCUUAAAGGUCUGCUUCUCCAAUUUCCUCCUAAUUCUGCUUGUCUUAUAGGCUACGGAAAACGAUCUUGGCUCCUUCAGCUCAGCUGAUAUAAAAGAGUUGUCUUCACACCAGCUUAUUGAGUUUCUUGCACUACUGCUGCUGGAGGUAAAUAUAGGCAAAAGGGUUUUUUUUUACCUUUCAGGAUAAACGUUUGUGGCGCCAUCUUGUUGCGUUUCCAAGUUUGUAGAGUGAAAUUUAGGGGAGGUUGGUAUCCGUUUGUCUCGAGAGACAAUGAAGGAGUGCUGUUGGAAGGUGUCAGUUCCUGUUGUGGCUAUAGAGACAGAUGCAGGAGAGGCGUGUUUUGUUGCAGCUGGGGCAGAUGAAGGCGUUCAGUUAUUAGUCAUAGCAUGUUCAUUUCUCUCUUCCAAUGACUGUUAGAUCUUGUCAUCUUAGUAGAUAAGAGACUAAGUCUUAGUCGUACCUUGGUUCACGAAUGCCUUGCGAGUCGAACGUUUUGGCUCCUGAACACUGCAAACCCAGAAGUGAGUGUUCCGGUUUGCAAAUGUUCUUUGGAAACCAAACGUCUGACACAACUUCUGCGGCUUCCGAUUGGCUGCAGGAGCUUCCUGCAGCCAAUCGGAAGCCAUGCCUUGGUUUCCGAACAUUCUGGAAGUCAAACGGACUUCUGGAACAGAUUCCAUUUGACUUCUGAGGUACCACUGUACUUCCAGCUUAUUGCUGUGCUUAUAUCGAGUUGUAGAACCACUGUGGGAUGUUGGUAUCUUGUCCUACUGUUCUGACCACCCUGAACAGUAUACAUGCACUUUGGCAGCAGACUGCAGAAUGAGCGCCAUUUUGUUGCUUACAACUUUGGUCUGUGUGUCAUUUCAGAAACAUGUGGUCCUAUUGUGCGGGCACAAUGGCUUCUUGCUCUAGAACUCUAGAGCUGGCGCAGUUAUUUAGAAGUGAAGAGUCAUUGACUUGAUGUUGCUUUUCUUCCUACCCCUCUGUACUUGUACCCCUCUUGUCUUAUAUUUUUAGAAUCCUCUUCCAGUGAGCCAUGUAAGACGAAUGCAGGAAGUUUAUGACUUCAAUGCUGUGAACAACUCUGAAAUUAGAUUCAGGUUUGUAAAAUGUUAUGAAUAUUCUGAAAUUUUACGAAUGUAAUGUACUGAUACUAUAUAGUAGUAACUUUUAUUUAAAUCUGCAGUCGAAUUGCCUCUUAUAUAUAUAAAAUAUAAAUGAAAGCACAAUUUCAUAGAACUGAGCAGUGAUGUGUGUGCACAUUUAUACCUGAGGUUGUAAAACAACUGAGAAAACAAAUAAACCUGUUCGUCCCUGGUAUAGAUCCCUGAAAGUAGUUUUGAAUACUGUCCAACCAGGCUUAGCUGGUUGCAAAAUUCUAAACUUACCUGUUUAUUUAGAGAUACAUGCAAGCAUGUGGUUUGUGGGGCCCUAACAUCUUGCCAAUGAGAUCCAAAUUCAUUGAAUAAGCAAUCUUAGAUGCAGAAUAAACUAUGCAAGCAUUUUAAAUAUAUAUAAAUUUAAAGAUUAUUACUUAUAUCCCACAUUUCCUUCAAAGAGCAAAGGGUGGUAUAAAUGGUUUGGUCUUCACAGAAUCCCUGUGAGGUAGAUUAGACUGUGACAGUGACUGUCCUGAAGUAUCCCAGGUCCUAGUCCCAACUCUUUGGAGACUGCUUGUUGUUAAACUUGGAUUUUCUUGAUCUUGAUUUAGCUGACUAAAGGCUAAUUCUGCUUUUCAGAUGGCUGCGUCUCUGCAUUCAAGCCAACUGGGAAGAUGCCAUUCCUUUGGCCCUGAAGAUGGCUACAGAACAAGGCAGAAUGAAAUUCACUCGUCCUUUGUUUAAGUAAGACAAUUACCUAAGCAGGCAGGCAGUGGUUCAAUAUAGGAAGUUCUCUGCAUCUUACAUGUUAAAUAUGUGCAAAGUGGUUCUUCAAAGAUAAAUGGUACUUGUCUUGAUUUUUUAAAAAAGUCGUUUAAAAUUUAUUUUGUGGCGUCUAUUUCAGGGACCUCUAUAAAUUUGACAAAUCCCGUGCUCAAGCUGUCAGUGCUUUCCACCAGCACAAGGCUUCCAUGCAUCCAGUGACUGCGAUGUUGGUAACCAAAGACCUGGGACUCGACGGACAAACAGCCCAACCUUUGCAGACCUAAGGAUAAACUCCGAUAAGAAAACGACUUUCUUCUCCCCACUCCCUCUGUGAAAAAUCAUUGUAACUUGCAUGUUUGAUUACUGAACUAGCUUUCUGUUCUGAUGCUGAAUCAAUAAGCGCCCCCUGCCUCCCACCCCUGAUUAUUCAUGCUGGCAUCUAUAUCUUGUGCCUCAUUUAAAAUUCUGCAAAACCGGGGAAAAAUAAGAUAUAUUUUGACACUGCAUUUGGCACUUCACCACACGUAGCAUUCAUAGUUUUGCUACAUGUACUGCUUUAUUUGAAGCAAUAAAUCUUUUAUGAUAAAUCGG